UGGAGCUAUUGGCAUAAGAACACUUCAUGAUAAGGCUCUCAUAAAUGCAAAUGAUCACAUGCCUGUAGAGAUGCAUGAUUUGAUACAAGAAAUGGGGUGGGAAAUUGUUCGUGAAGAAUCUAUCAAUGAACCAGGAAGACGGAGUCGAUUAUGGGAUUGUGAAGAAAUCUAUGAUGUUUUGGCUAAUAACAAGGGGACUGAUAAACUUGAAGGCAUAAUGUUAGAUGUGUCUCGAAUCAAAGAUAUACAUUUGAACGCCGACACUUUCAAAAGGAUGUCUAAUCUGCGAUUUCUUAAAUUUUAUUCUGAUUUAAACCAUCGCUCAAGUCAUGUAUAUUUACCAAAAGUUCUUGAGUUUUUCCUAGCAAAAUAAAGUAUCUAGAGUGGUAUGGAUACCCACUUAAAUCUCUGCCACCAACUUUUCGUCCUGAAAAUCUGGUUGAGCUUCACAUGCCAAAUAGCCACGUUCAAAAGCUUUGGAAUGGAAUUCAGGAUCUCGUGAAUUUAGAAGAGAUAAACCUUAGCGGAUGCAAACGGUUGAAGGAGCUGCCAAAUUUCUCUAAAGCCUUAAAUCUUAAAGUAGUAUCUCUUGUUGAUUGUGAAAGUUUGCAAUAUGUUCAUUCUUCUAUUUUGUCUCUCCACUCGCUUGUUGAAUUGGACUUAUGCCGGUGCAAGAGACUGAGGAAUCUGAAAACUGAGUUUCAUUUAAAAUCUCUACAAUACAUUCGAGUGGAUGAGUGCAUCAGUCUCAAGGAAUUUUCAGUGUCAUCAGAAAAAAUAAAGGAGUUGAAUCUGUGUCACACAGGAAUCGAAAAUUUGCACUCGUCCAUAGGGCAUUCAAGUAAUCUGGAAGUGCUGGAUCUGUUUGGCUUAAGACUGAAGAAAAUUCCAAAGCAGUUAUCGUGCUUGAGAACAUUGACAAUGCUCAGGCUUCCUAAUUGUGAACUGCUUGAUAAUUCGAUGCUACAUAUGUUAUUUGGGGGCAUGUUGUCUCUAACUGUAGUAUAUUUGACAGAUUGUAGUCACAUAACUGAACUUCCCAACAACACAGAACAUCUUUUAAGGUUGGAAUGUCUCUUCUUAUCGAACUGCAGGAAGCUUCGUUCUUUACCAAAACUUCCACCAUCCAUUGCAACCUUAGAUGCCUACAACUGCAUGUCAUUAGAGAUAGUGUCAACCUUUAGACCACUGCACAGGAGUGAAAAAUACUUCUCAUUUAUGAAUUGCGUGAAACUGAAUGAACAAUCACUUCAUGGUAUCAUAGAAGACGCCUAUUCUAUAAUCAAUGCAGCUGCUUGCAGGUUUCAACAAGAAAGAAAGGCUAAAGGUGCUCGUAGUUUGAUUUGCUUUCAUGGAAGUGUAGUACCUGAGUGGUUCAGAUAUCGAACAGAAAAAGGCUCCGUCAUAAUUGAAGGCCCUCAUAAUUCAGACUUGUUGGGAUUUUCUCUCUGCGUUGUUCUUCAGUUUCACUCAAAGAAAUCAUGUUAUGUUGCCCUGAACUGUGCGUGCUACUUGGGAGGUUUUAAUGUGGCAAAUUUACCGUACAAUAAUCUGUUUCUCCCAAAUAUGAACUCUGAUCAUGUGUACAUAUGGAAUAAUGAGUUUGGCUCUGGUGAGAUAUUGAAGGCGAUUGAAAGACGAGGAAAUGAAGAGUCAGUCACUGACAUAAAGCUUUGCUUUGAAUUCAGCGUAGAACCUCGUUUUGGGUACGAGGUUGGUAACAUCAACGAGGUAGUUGGUAUCAAAGAAUGUGGCGUAUGUCCAUUAUAUGUCUCAGAAUGUCAGAAAUUCUCUCCACAAAUGGAAAUGGUGAAGAAUAAGAAGAGGCCUCGAGAUGUUGAUGAACAACAGCCACUUAUUCAGUUGAAGAAGCUCAAGAUUGACUAUGAUUCCCAUACCGACACAUGUCAUGAUAUUGAUGAAUUGAAGGCUCUUUUCAUGACAAUUAACAUCAGCUGA